AUGACUCCGUGGUUAUCUUCACCGCUAUUAUCGUGGCCAACACCUCCAGGUGAUUUGCCCACCCCUAUUCCUAUUGCUCCCACAACUCUACAGCCUCCCACAUCAUUACUAACUACAGUAUGCGGUUUGCCUCCACAACCUCUCGUAGGAGCUACGGCAACCACCCCAUGUAAUAUGUUCCGAAAAGAGAAUCUUCCAUCAACAGUCACAUCUAAAUCUGCAUUCUUCUCCGUACCGUAUAUGCUGGAAUCGCGUAGAUAUAGUGAACCCGUACCUCCACCAUCACAUCUGCUUGCACAGCGUAGAAGGAGCAAAGAGGUUUCGGGACAAGUCACUUAUUUGUGGGAAUUUUUGCUACGUCUUCUACAGGACAAGGAGUACUGCCCAAAAUUUAUAAAAUGGAUUGAUCAGUCUAAAGUGAGGGUAUAUUUGUAAAA